GCUUGGGUCGGCUGGCGCCCUCGCCGACCGCGAUUUCUCCAUCGGGGACGGCUCGUUCGACGGCGUCGGCAGCAUCGUCGGCUGGGACCCCCACGGGAACGAGGCCGACGUAGAGGACUGCUUCUACAACUUUGCGAUCGACGGCCUGGCUGAAUGGUUCGGUUUCGACGACCCGCUGCCGGUUGUGACGAUCAGGGACAUAUGGCAUCAACAUCGCGCCUUCUGGGACCCGGACCUGAACAGGAUGGUCUCGGCGGAGGACGACAUGGUGCUCUACCCGUGUACGCGUGCUAUGUGUAUGGGGUGGUCUUUGGCCUUGCAUUUCGCGCAGGAGGCCGUCUCAGCAACGACGGCUCGGGCCCUUCGGCCCCGCCCGACCGCGGAGCCGGCCACGGUGAGGGAGCACCAUCUGGCCCCCGACCUCUGCGAGUCCAAGGUGAUGGGCAGCGUCUACGUUGACAACAUUAUUGUCCUGGGCCGCGAUGCGCCUCUGGCUCGUGAGACUGCUUCCGCCCUGCGUGCCGAGGCUCAGCCCUGCGGCCUUCCUGUCGCUAGGAGUUGCCCGGACGCGGUCACCCACUUCCAGACGGUCGAGGUCGAGAUCGACCUCAAGAGGGGGCGCCUUCGGAAGAAAGCCUCCCGAGUCUGGCUCUUCGACCUGGCCAUUCGGGCUCUACUGGCACGGGGAAGGAUGCGUGGUGAGCUCAUGGAGGUCUGGCUCGGCCACGCGGUCUCGCUGCUUAUGCUGGCCAGGCCCGGCUACGCGGUCGUGCAGGAGAUGCGCAUCGUGGUCGGGCUCGUCUGGCUGACAGAGGUCGACUUGGCCGCGCCCUAUGCGCCUCACGUGUGCGCCAGCGACUCCGCCGACCACGGGCACGGGCUCAUGCACAAGAGGGCCUCCGAGAGCGAGCUGCGCUCCGCCUGCCGCUGGAAGGAGAAGUGGAGCUUCAGGCGGCACCUCCUGGGGCCCCGCGUGGGCCUCGUCUCUCCGGCAGACGUUGCCGACAUGGGGGGCCAC